GGUCUGUUGGAGGAAAGCAUCAGAAUACACCGUCGAAGAUCUUCAGUUGAAGAGAGUGUAGUACCUGCAAUGGCCUCUGUCCUGAGCUGGGCCGUGGUGUACUGGACCCUCACUCAAGUCAUCAUCCUCUGUGGUGCUUUGGGAGGCCCUGUCCACAUUCAACUUAACGUUGAUGGCAAAGAUGAUGCAACAAAGAUAACUGGUCUAAUAAAAAUAAGGUAUAAUCCUAAAGAUGCAGCUACACCCUUGUACACUAACACUGUUCAGAGAGAUCUUGUUGAAAAAAGUGGACUCAUAAAACUGUACAUAAGAGGAAAAUUCAUUGAACUGGACAAUAACAGAGAUCAAAAUGUAAUUUUUAAUUGGGAUAAUAUAAGGAUCAGUGGUAAGGAAUUAGGAGAGUUCAUUUUAAGGAUAUUCAAAGGUGACCCCGUUGUUAUUGUGGUGUUUCCGUAUGAUCUGCAAACACCUCACGGCUUUCAAUUCCAAAAGGAGUUUGAAGAAGUGGUACAGAGAACAAAUGACAGAAUCACAGUGGGGCGAGGGGUGAUAAAUGUUUAUCUGGGUUUUGGUCUUCAAAAUCUAGAAGGAAAGGUGAAAACUCUCUUAGAAGCAAAGGUUCCAGAAUAUGAAAAAGAUGAAAAAUACUACAGCAUUUUUGCUCACUACCAUUCAAAUACAUUCAGCUUCAGGACAGUGUUUACUGCAUGGAGACCUGAACUAGAGCCUGUAAAUAUAUUUCGGGUGAAAAUCCAGGAGGCAGAUUCAGUGGUUGUUAAGCUGACAUCUGCUUGCACAUCUGAUCAGAAUGGCUUGAAAGUGGGUUCACACACAGCGCAGGGUUUAGCCGACAUUUUGUUGAAGCUGUUGCGAGUUCAGGAUGUGGAAACGCAUCCACAGCAAAGAAUCAGAGUCGAACUUCCAGACAGCUGUGGGACGGCAAAAGAAAGAGAGGCUUUUACAGGUCACCUCGUUGACAACCUGGAGAAUAAAAAACUUAAAGUUUAUGGGAAAGAGCCCAGUGUUCACAUACACGUUUACAGUGAUGAUGAUACAGAUGAUACAAAUGACAUAAAGAACUUAUACCCACAUGACAUUUUUGGGAAAAUAAAUGGUAAAAUCUCUCUAGAUCAGAAUCAGAAACCUGCACCCACCACAGUAUCAUCUGCUAAGGAAUUGUUUAUUCACAUCCACUGCCAUGGUGUUUUUUUUGGCAGUGCUAAAACUAUUUGCAGAAAGGAUUCAGACACACUUGCAGAUAUUCUGUCCAUGUUUGUUAAAACAUUGUUGAUUGACUCUGUGCCAAAGAACGGAAUCAUCAUGUUUCAUGUUUGUAAAGCUGGUAGUGAACAUGGUCAGGAAUAUGUAAACAGGUUUUUGACAAAGUUUGAUAAGUCACUACAAACACUUAAAAUAUAUAUCCAGGAAUCUCUAGCUUACCAACAUAAAGUAGGCCUAAUCAUGGGAAACACUAUGGCAUCGCUUCCCUGUAGUAAAGAGCCUAAUCCUGAUCUCUGGCCAAUGGCGCAUGAAAAACAGGUAUUUGGUAGAUUUACAGUAAGGACCAUAAAAACUCCACAGGGGUUUAAAGCUUACUCUAUUUUACCACUUACUGAGUACAACCUAAUCUACAAAAAGUAGAGGUGCCUUUCCAAAACUUUCCACACUGAUGAAAAAGUUCAAUUUAUGCUUGACACUUGUGUUAUGAUUUCUUUAUUUCUGUCUGCUGUCACACUUGACUACACUUGGCUGUUCAAUUUUUCAGGUCAUUGUGUUCAGUUGCUUUACUUUCAUAUGGUUUGGAUUUCUGGAAAGAAUUGCUGCACAGUUAUUGUA